AUGUCAGAUGAAUAUCUACAUUCAUCACCACAGAAAGAAGAUCAAUCAAAUAUAGCAAAUAUACAAACUCAAACACCAGCAUCGAAGAAAACAGCAGCAACAUCAACUUUACAAAUUAAUAGGACAAUAAGUACAAGUUCAAUAAAACAAAAUCCACCACCAUCAGCAUCCAAGUUUAUAAAUCAAACCACUAAUUUUAGUGGUUGGACUCCACUUAUCAGUAAAUGUUAUAACUCAGAACAAAUUUUAUCUUUUAAUUCAACGCCAAAUGUUUUAAACAAGCAACAACAACAAAUACCUCAAGAAUCAAUUGUUGAUUUGAAUGGUGGAUGUUUUGGCUUAACACCUUUCAUCAAUACUCCAUACGAGAAAAUUUUCCAUCAACAAUUCAAUAAUAUAUGUGAUUUCUAUAUUGAAAGUCCAAUCAAAAAUGGAAAUAAUACAAAUUUACAGACUAUUACACCAUCAAAAUUUAAUUUAAGUUCAGUUGCUAAAAGUAAAUCUAAUAACAGUUCAAUAAAGACAAAAAGAUCAAUUACAUUGGUCGAUACACCACCUCGUAGAGGUGCGAAAUCCAACAAAACUCAUACGGAAGAAGUAAAAGUAAAAGAAGAGAAGGAAGAAGAGGAGGAUGAGAAACAAGAAGAACUAGAGAAAGUGAAAGAAAAUGCUAGUGAAACUCCAUGUAAAUCAAAAUCAACAGUGCUUAGAGAUGUAACAAAUAAUUCCAAUCAAUUUCAAACUCCAGCAAAGCAGAAAUUACAUGCCCCAUCAUCACCAUCAACUAUAAUAAUAUCAUCACCAGUGAAAAACGAUAGUGCAAUAAAAACUAAAAACAUACUUGGUAAUAAUAAUUCAAAACAAGUUCCACCUAGUCCGACACCAGCAAAGAAAGUCAAUUCGGUUUCAAAUGCAGCAAAUAUACCAAUGAUGGGAGUAUUCACCGAGAAGAAAGAAAGCUCAACUACAACUACAACCACAUCAAAACCAAAACCAAAACCUAAGAAGAAAGUAUCACACAAUAAUAAUGAUAAUCAUAGUAAUCACAAUGCUUCAAAUAAUAUUUCAUUUAAUGCUCCUCCUCCAGUAAAUGUAGGUAAAAAUAGAGCUGACAAUAAAGUCAAAAUGCAACAAGGGAUGAGUAAAUUUCAAAUUGUUUUAACUGAUGUCCAUAAUCUAAUGAAUCCACAAAAACCAAAGAAAACCAAACAAAAACAACCACAACAACAACCAUCACAAUCAUCACAUCCACCAGUCCCAACAUUAACACAACAACACUCAAAUCUUGAUUCGAGUAUGAAUACGACGAAAGAUCAUAGUCAUAGUUCAAUUAUAUCAAACAAUGUAAGUCAUAUACAUACGACCCAGUCAUCAUUUGAAGUUUCAUCAACUCCAAAUAAUCAUAAUAAAUUUUUAUUAGAUAAGAUUUCUCCAAAUGAUAAUUCAUUUUAUUCAAAUGUGACAUCAACAUCAAUGGCACCGCCUCAAAAAGUAAAUCACGUUCCACAACAACAAGGUCAACCACAGGUGUAUAUGCCUCAACAACAACCAAUUUACCCUUUUAUGUCUAUGACUAUGUCUACUCCACAACAUCAAAAUAUAAUUUAUAAUAAUAACAUGAGUAAUGUGAUUGAUGGUAGUGGAUUACAUGUAUCUCCUGAUGUUAGUUAUGGAUUUGGUACUCCCGGUUUUAAUUCAAUUUUUAAUUUAGGACUGUAUCUGAAGAAUUUUGACGAUUCAAUAGGAUAG